ACGGAACGGAGCAUCAUAACGGAACUUACAAAACAGUGCUAGGGUCGAUCUCAAGGGCGCCGGCGUAUGACAUGAGGUCUCAUUUUGCAGACAGGAAAAUAUGAAGUCAUAAAGGAUCACACCAAACUAGUCCACAACAGCCACCAACUACCCGUUUCACUCAUUCUCAACUCUCAACUCUCACCUCACCUCACUUACACCUCACUCACACCACACCAUGGCCUCAACACCAAUAUCCACAACCGCCAAGGCGGCCGCAAAGAACGCCGUCACCUUCACAGCAGGCCGCGCCGCCUUUCAGCCGCGCCAGACCUACGAAGUGUCGUCCAACAUCCCGCGCUCCUUCUUCCUCGGCCACCACCACGCCGGCCUCGCCCGCAUGCGCCAGACCCUCUCCACCGUCGGCCUAAUCAUCGAAUGCCGCGACUUCCGCGUGCCCAUCACCUCCUGGAACCCCCUCCUCGAACAAUCCCUCGCGGGCUCCUCCCCCGCCGAGCGCGCCCGCAUCAUCGUCUACACCCACCGCGACCUGGGCCCCGACAGCCGCCCGGACCCAUCCACCCCCUCCCUCUCGGAGACCGCCGCCCACAACCUGCGCACCUUCCACCUGCAGCACAACCACGCCACCGAAGUCCUCUUCACCAGCACCGGCCCCACCCCCUCCUCCUCCUCCUCCCCCCCCUUCCGCAAAUCCCCCACCACCAAAACCCCCACCGCCGCCCUCCUCGCCGCCAUCACGCGCGUCGCCCGCGACCGCGACUCCCUCACCGGCCUGCGCGCCCUCGUCGUCGGCAUGCCCAACGCAGGCAAAUCCACCCUCCUCAACGCCCUCCGCCGGCGCAGCAUCAAAUCCAGCGCCAACAACCCCUCCUCGGCGGUGCGCGCCAGCGGGGCCAAGGUGGCGCGCACGGGGUCCAACCCGGGCGUGACGCGCAAGCUGAGCUCGCCGGUGCGGAUCGUGCCCGCCGAGGGGCAGGAUGCCUCGCUGGCCGGGGUCGGGGAGGGGGUGUUUGUGGUGGAUACCCCGGGGGUGUUUAUCCCGUAUGUGUCGGACCCGGAGAAGAUGCUCAAGCUGGCGCUGGUGGGGUGCGUGCGGGACGGGAUCCUGCCGCGGGAGACGCUGGCGGAUUAUUUGUUGUACAGGUUGAAUUUGGGUUUGGGGGAGGGGGAUAGUGGUGGUGGUGGUUGGGGAGGGUAUGUGGAGAGGUUGGGGAUGGCGGGGCCGACGAACGAUGUGACUGAGUUUUUGGAGGCGGUCGCGAGGCGCGUGGGGAAGUUGGCCAAGGGAGGGGGGGCCAACUAUGACACGGCGGCGGAGUGGGCGGUGCAGGAGUGGAGGGGUGGUGGGUUUGGAAAGGUGCUGUUGGACGAUGUUACCCCUGAGACGUUGGCGACUGCUAUGGAGGAGGCCAAGGAGACUGCGCUGAGUAUGAACCAGGCGAGGAAGAAGGAGAAGGAGGCGAGGAAGGCGAGGAACGAGGCGAAGCGGGCGGGGAUAGCGGGCGGUGGUGGUGGAGGAGAGGGGUCGGCGUGAAAUGGGAGGGGGGAAGGGCAUGUAUAUUAUGGGUUGUAAAAUAGUGUGGUGUGGCGUACGAAGUGGAAAGGCUAAGUAAGUAAACAAGGGUAGAUUUGGGUUGAAGUGAUAAACACAAUAGACUCCAAAGCAACUUUAGCAACGCCAUACAAAAGAUAU